AUGGCCGAAGAGCCUAGCGCAGCAAAAGGAAAGGCUGCGGCGUCUCCGCUUAAACCGGUGGCUGACAACCCCUUUGAGGCAAUGCCCUGCGCAUCUGCGCAGCCGGCAAGUGGAUCUCGUCGGGAUGAGACGGUUGCCGAUGACGCCGUCGUGAUUAGCCGCGCCGAGCUCGAGGUGCUGAAGACGGCGAGAGACGAGGGCGAGCGUCGGAUUGCGCGGCUGGAGGCGCUGCUGCUGGCCAUAAACGAGAGGGAAACGCAGAACAAGAGGCCAAGGGGUUCGAGGGAGGAACGGGCGCAGGGAGAUGCGCGGCCGCGCAAGCGCAGGCGGGUCGAAUCGGGCUCGGAGGACGCGACAUCGGAGGAGGGAGAGGAAGAAGAUGCGGAGGCGGAGCCAGUGAGGGCACGCCGUGUGGUCCGGCGGCGCCACAUGACAGUGUCGAGCUCACCCAUACUUCAGGAGGCAUUUGAUUUCCUGCCGUCCGGCAAAGCAUGGAAGAGAACGUGCGACCAUCUGCGGGAGUUCCUGUUCAUCGACCGGGCCAAUGAUGUCAUGACCUUUUACCCAAGCAGCCACGACAAGACGCUCGGAUUAUGCUGGAUCACACCACGAUUGACGUUGAAUUAUGCCGGGCUCGCACUGGCGGCCGACAAGGCGCGAUGCGCUGACCUGAACAAGGCACUCAGCCAGUGGAAGACAGAGGUGACGGGCCGCGUUCGAGACAUUGCGCUGUCGCGCAUUGGCCUAUGGCGCAACGAGCGGGACAGGAAAAGCCCGUGGGCACGCAAGAAGCGCAGAGAGGCGGCCGAAGUCCGACUUCGGUAUCGCGUGCUGGACGACGUGAACGAAGAUCUGACGUUGUCAACCUGGAGCGAGAGCAGGACUGGAAUGAUCUUUGCGUCGGGAGCGUUCAUGGCGUGUGCCGUGACCGCCUUCCAGCCCAAGAAGGUCACAGGAGCGGUGACCGUGAAACUGUACCAGAUGGCGUGGCUCGAGCAUGUGGUUACCGACACGGUUCUUAACUGGGACAAGCGCAAGGCCCGCCUAUCAAACUCUGCUGGUGGCAAUGCGGAGGUGGUGAACGGCCUCCACCAGGUCGCCGAGGGGGCAGUGGCGCACGCGAUCCAAGACUUCAAGCCCAAGUACGAUGCUGAUGCCCAGGCGUGGGUAUGGGGGGAGCGCGGGCUGAUGCUGUCCUCGUGCGGGCUAGAGCACUUGAUUCCAGGCCGUUACGCGCAGAGGGCGCCAAUCGUGGAAGACGGUGGUUCGGUUUCUCUGGGCACUGACUGA